CGAAUUCGUACAAGCACACACGCACCUGUUCAUAAGUACGGGUUUUAUCAAGGUGCUCUCGUAGUCGAGUUAUCGCGAGAGUUCGUUUCCAAUGUAAACUGCACGAAUGUCCUGAGCAAAAAUAAUUGAUAACAUAGCGAUUGACAGGUGACAACAACAAACAUGGACUUUCAAGGACUGCCACAAGACUUUGGCAUGCCCCUGCUAGAUGGAGAUGAUUUCUUUAAGAACCUAGAUACAAUGGAGCAAGACUUUAUGAUUGAGGGAGAAAUAGCUGACUAUGAUGACGAUGGUGAAUUAGACCUUGGAGGAUCAGAGGGCGAUGAUGAUGAAACUUAUAUUGAAUCUCCAGACUAUCCAGAUACUCCAGUAGAGAGGUUAUCUCGACAGGAACAGUUACGUAUGAUGCAUCUAAGAAGUCAUCUCAACCAGCUGACAGAGAAAGUUAAACAUCAUCAGUACAUGACAGAAAAAACAAGGGAUGAGUUGAAACAGUGCCGCAGUAAGAUUUCUGAGCUUGAAGCUGAAAGGAACCAGGUUAGAGAUGAAAUUCAACAAAAAGAAUCUGCUGGGAACCAAUCGGCUAUACACAGACUGAGAUCUCAGCAUGACAGACUGAGUCAGGAAAUCUCCGAUGAAAAGCAAAUAGAAAAACUUAUCUGUGACAGACUCGAUAAAGAAGAAUAUGAACUUAAUAAGGUUGAAGUGGAAAGAGGAAAAUUCCUACUUGCUGAAGAUGAGCUUGUAAAGAAAGAGGAUAGGUUAGCCAAAGAGAAAACAGAUCUUGCUCUUCGAAGACUUAGAAAGGAGGAGAGAAAAGCUUUACAGGCUGAAAAGAAUAUGAGAAAUAAACAAAGAGUUCAGCAAGAGAUUAUGAAGGAGAGACAAAGACAGAGUGAAUACAGGGCAAGAAAUGCAAAAGAAAGUCAUGAGAAACAUAGCAGAUUUGUUGAUGAUACCAUGAACAAGUUGAAGCAACGUCAGGAGGAAGAGAACAACCGUUACAAAGAAAACAUGCAAAGGAAAAUGGACAUGCUUUUGAAGUUGAAAAGUGACAUUCAGUCCAAUAGGGAGAAUUUGAAGGCCCUGCAUGCUAGAGACAAGGCCGCUGGGAAGAAAGAAGAGCAGAAACUUGAACAAGUUCGCCAGAAAAUACUUGAUGAAGGUGGCAACCCUGAUCAGAUAUUGCUCAUACAGAAACGUAUCAGCGACUUUGAAAAACAAAAAUCGAACUUUGAGAGUGAACAGAUGGAGAAACAAGCCAGUAUAAUGGGGAAAAUACUGCUGGAAGAAGAAAGAAUGAAGCGCAGAAAACAACAACAACCAUUACUCUGGGACGAUCCAAAACGAGAAAAAUCAAAGAUUCUGGGACCACCAAAGAAGAAGCCAUUGAAGACGUUUCAGGAGUACACCAAGCUGAGUGUGGAAGAAGAUCUAACAUUAGACCUUAGAGAUUCACUAGAUGAAAAUACCCAGGAGAAACUGGAUGAUGAGAAGUUGGAUACAGCUGAUACCGAUGCUGUAGACAGGAUUCCUCCACCUAGAGAAGUGGAGAGCAGCGACUCUAGUGAUGAUGAUGACAUGGGUGAAACUGCAGUAGACUUGGCCAAACCUGAGUUUGAAGGACUGUGGGACCAUCAUAAACCAUACACUGUACCUAAAGACACUGAUUCUUCUCCAUUGAAAACACUUGGUGCAUCCAAAAUGGACAAGGCUAUACUGAAUCAAGUGUUGGAGAAACAUCGUGCUGGGAUUGUGGUGAAACAAGUUGCCGCAGGUCGUGAAUUUUCUGGAUGUCCAUUCUACAGUAAACCUGACGUCAUUCACUUUAAGGAUUUUGAUGUUGGAAAAUCCUACAAGAAGAAGGUCACCCUCACCAAUGUGUCAUACACAGUGAACUAUUGUAAAUAUAUUGAUAUAACAGAACGUCUGAAAGAUUUUAUUAACAUCCAUUUUGAUCCUCCAGGACAGAUGUCUGCUGGUCUCACAUGUGAAAUGUUGGUGACUUUCAAACCUAUGAUAAAUGAAGAUCUAGAGGGUGAAGUGAAGUUUCUCUCACAGACUGGGCCAUUCUCCAUACCUCUGAAAUGUACAACAAAAAAGUGUGAUUUAUCAGUAGAUAUGGACACGAUACAGUUUGGAACAACAGUGAUUGAUGAAACAUUGAAGAGAACAUUCACCCUGACAAACAAAGGAGCACUGGGCACUACCUUUGAAUUCUUUAAACUGACAGGGAUGAAAGCAAAGACUGCCACAAGUGCACAAACUUCUCUUGGAAGAAUGACCACAGGAGUAGAAUCUACUCAGCCUUUAAGUCCAGAACCUACAGAAGCUGAUAAAUCAAAGAAAGAAACAGAGGAGAAAAAAACUGAAGCUGAAGCAUCAAAAGUUGGUGAGGAAAGUCAGGCUGCUGUGACAUCUGAGGGUCAGGAGGGAACACAGGAAACAACAGAAGGUCAGACUGAGGUGCAACCAGAAGAAGGUGAAGCAGUAGGGGACGGUUCCCCAGACUUGCUAGUCAGUGAGAUUGGUGACUAUGGUACGUUAGAUGGGAUGAAAGCCGGGCCCAUCUCUACAGGAGAGAUUGGACCAUUCUCAUCAACAAAACUUGAGAUCAUCUGGAACCCAUCUGUCCCAGGGAAAGUUGAUUCUGAGUUUCUCGUGACCUUUAGUGACCCAUUGUCAGAAAGGAUACCUGUGAGAGCUCUAGGUAAUGCUAUAGAUGUCCCAGUAUGGGUGCAGCGGCAGACAGUCGAUCUGAAAAUAUGCAUGUUAGACAGGCUGUACCAGGAUACCAUUGUUGUUAGUAACAGAGCUACAACAGCUUUGCGGUUGAAAUUUGAGGUAUGUAAGGAGUUGAGGAACCAUUUAGAGCUGUUACCAAAAACUGGAUAUAUCCAGGCACAGUCGCAGUUCUCAGCUCAGCUCAAAUUUUUACCAAGGCAAAGUUUAUUUGAGGAAGGUGGGAAAUAUUUUGACAAGGAGACAGGGGUACUGGAGGCUCCUAUGACCAUCAGGGUAGCAGAUCAGACUGCCCCAGUGCCUUUCACAGUAACUGCCGUGGUUACCAACUCAGAUAUGGUAUUUGAUACGACAGAUAUAAACUUUGGUGACUGCACCAUCUAUGAAUCAACAAAAACUACAAUAAAACUAACCAAUAAGUCCAUACUGCCUCAAGAAUUUGGAUUUGUUGGACACCCUGAGUAUGUGGAAGUUCAGCCAAAUGAUGGAUUUGGUACAUUGUUACCCCUGGAAACUAUAGAACUAGAUGUUAUCUUCAGUCCAAAGAAAGCUAGAGAUUACAAGUUUGAACUCAACUGCAAGUCACUCAUAAAUAGAGAGUUCAAGAUCCAGUGUAAAGGUGUAGGUGUACAUCCCCCUCUAGAUCUGUCAAAACAAGUGAUACAUUUUGCCGCUACAUCAUUGUAUGAUGUCUCCACUGCCGCUCUACAUGUGAUCAACUCCCACACCAGCAUGAACGAAUUCACCCACCCUGUACCGAGAAUUGGAAAAGGAGAGAUCGCACCAGUUGGACCAACAUCAUUUGAAUUUGUAGUUCCUGAAGGUGCUCCAGUAACAAUAUCUCCAUCAGUAGGAACCAUCAUGCCGGGUGAGAAAACACGAGUGCAGGUGAGAUUUGCGCCCACUUUGAAUGAAGAUGAGAUACGUACUGAGGCUGUAAGAAUGGCAACACGACAAAUGGAACAGCAGGCAGACAAGGAAUAUAAAGAGGCACUGAAGAGACAGAAAGAGGCAGAAGAAGCUCAGCAUGCACCAAAAUUUAAAGUGCGCAGAAAUUACAAGAAAACUGCUCCAGCAGGGGGAGGAAAGAAAGGGGCUGCUGCAGCUAAAGGAGCGCCUCCUAAGGGGAAACAGACACCAGGUAGCACUAUGCUUACUGUGACAGGUCCUCAACCAGUAGUUCCACCAAAACCAGAGGAAAUCUCUAAGGAUUCUUCAGCCUAUGCUGCGGCUGUAGGGUCAUUGUUAAGACAGUAUAAGGGUAAAUUCCAGUCUCUGACAGUACCGUGUUACGUUGCCUCAGGAGAAACAACAAAUCCUGGAGAACUGCCAUAUAGUGUUAGUAACACCCUGUAUUUGGAGAUCCACUGCCCCACAGUUAAGCCGCCACUAGUAGUAAUUUCUGAUAGUGGAAGGACAGUUACUGACUUUGGAGAAGUCUCGCUGGGACAGAAUAUUUUCAAAUCUAUUACCAUACAGAAUAUAUCAAGUAGAACUCAAGAGUUGUCAGCGACAGCUCUAGACACAAUGGGACCAUUCCAAGUGAUGAAUGCAUUUAGAGUUCUCCCCCCUGAUGCCACACAUACUAUGCUUGUUUCAUUUACUCCAAAUGCUGGCAGAGUGUUCCAAGAGGUGCUUAGUAUUAGCUGUCUGACAGCACAGUUACAUAUCAGUCUGGUUGGUAAAGGUGUCAGUCCCCUUGUCAGUCUGUCACCAGCUAUAGCUGAUGAUGGUAUCAUGGAUAUGGGAGCUGUUUUGGCAGGAGAAUAUCUAGAAAAAACAUUCAAGAUGCAGAACACAUCGUCUUUAUCUAUAGACUAUUCUAUCCGCCUUGAGAGUCUUUCUUUAUUACGGCACGCCCACGCUCAAGAACUGCCAAAAUUCCUUGAGGGAAAAUCUAAAACUCUAGUGGGUGUGCAGAAUAACAAUGGCCAGAAUGUAUUUGACUUGGUGCCUGCAGAAGGAACGAUAGCCCCAGGUGGAAAUGUUGAAAUCACAGUGACAUUUGCUCCAGACCAUGCUAGUGAUAAUUACUCAGAUGGUGUCAAAAUCGAAUUGUUUGGAAAGGAGGAAUGUCAGGCGUUCCAAAUAAAGGGAGUUUCAAAACAGCGUAUCAUGUUUAUAGAUGGAGGUGACCCAAUUAAACCAGAAAUAGAAUCUUUAGCUGUAAAACCCACACCUCAGUUGGAUGAUGACGAGCUUAAACAACAAAUGCCAUCAGUAUUGAUGACAUUUAGGUCUGUUGCAAAGGACGACGCAUACCAGCCGGCAAAUAGAGAUAUCUUGAUUGGUUGUGUUAGAACAAUGGCCGUCAGUCAGAAAAAGGAUCCUCCAAAACCAGGAUACCGGGAUAAAGCUAUAAGGAAUGGGGAAUUUACAUUUGAGAAUGUGCAGCUGCUAGCACCUAAAGGAUUUAGCAUUGAUCCACAAAAGGGAAUGGUAGAAGCUGGUAUUCUCAAACCUGUAACAAUAACAUGGACACCACCUGCCGGAUAUGAUCCAAACCAGGUAAUGGAGGCGAGUGUUGUGGUGACAUUGAAAGGAGACGCCACGGAACAGUACAAAGUCAUGCUGCAUGCAAUGGUUGUGUCGGAAUAAAUCAUAAUGUUAUACCUCAGAUAUUUUAGGAAAAAAGAUGGUGUUUUUUUUUUCUUUUGUGCUAACUCAGAUAAAUCUGUAUAAAGAAUGAGGUGUAUAGAUGUACAGGUAUGUGAAUAAUUCUGGACAAAAUCAACAUGUGGAAAUCAAACUGUUGGGAAGGACUCUAAUCUAAAUGUGCAUUUUAUAAGCAACUGUGAUAAUUUGUGAAUAAAAAUUUUAUUUUACACUACAGAAACAAUAUUUAUUUCAACAUCUUUAAGAUAAAUUAUCUAUUACUUUAUUAAAUUAUUAUUGCAUAAUAAAUCAAAGAGAAAAUUCCA